AUGUCCGAGAGCUCGUACCAUGACGAGCGGGAAGACGAAGCACAACAGCCCCUUGUCGUCACCCGCAGCCCGGCAAUAAAUGAACCCCUUGAUCCCGACGAAGCCUCGAUCCCCUCGAUGUAUCUGCACACUACCGACGACAAAGACCCCUCGCUCCAGCCUCUCAUGGCAGACUUCGACUACAAGAGCGCCGGGGGCUUUCAGCCCGAACGCCUAAGCGGCGACGCAGUUGAUGUGGAGCGUUCGACCUCGCUGACCGAGGCCCUGCAUGCCGAGGGCCUUUCGCUGUUCGAGAAAAAGUGCGUCCUCAUCAACCGGGAGAUCGACGCCAUGGGCAUGGGCAAGUACCAGUGGUACGUCUGGUGCAUGUGCGGCUUCGGUUACUUCUUGGAUCUGCUGUGGGCCAACGCGUUUGGCCUGGUCCUCGGUCCUGUGCAGCAGGAGUUUGGCUUUGGAAAUGACCAAUCGGGAAAUAUCUCGACGUCAUUUUCCGCGGGGUUGACCGCAGGCGCGUUUGUAUGGGGAGUGCUGGCGGAUAUCGUUGGUCGGCAAUGGGCUUUCAACCUUACAGUCUUGAUUGCUUCGAUUUUCGGAAUCUGCCUGGGGGCGCCAAACUCGUACAGCCCUUUCCUGGUUCUCACGGCCUUCACAGGAUUCGGUAUUGGGGGAAACAUCCCCAUCGAUACCACCAUUACGCUAGAAUUCAUCCCUCAAUCAAACAAUAUGGGAUGGCGAUAUCUGAUGUAUACGCUCGGUGCCAUGACGAUUUCACUGUUCUUCAUCCGCACCAUCAUAUUUAGGAUGAAAGAAUCGCCAAAGUACCUUGUGUAUAGGGGACGAGAUGAAAAAGCCGUGCAAGUCAUCCAUCACAUUGCAAAGAUUAACGGGCACAACUCGAGGUUAAGACUUGAGUCAUUCGAGCAGUUGGAAAGCGAACAUGACCAAUUCUCAGGAACGACUGGACUUGGAGCAGGCAAAUCCCAGAGGGAUCUCUCGUUGGGCAAGAAGGUGGGCUUGGAGCUUGAAAGGUACAAGCUGCUAUUCAGUAGCUGGGAGAUGACGCGUCUGACUAUCUUGGUGUGGCUGACGUACAUCAUGGAUUACUGGGGCUUUACCGUAGCCGGCACUUAUCUCCCCAAGAUCAUCGCCAUCAAGAACGGCUCGCUCAACCUCUCUCUCGACUUCACUUACCGCUCCUACCUCCUCAUCUACUUCCCGGGCGUCUUCGGCGUGGCACUCGGGGCUCUGCUCUACAACGUGCCGCACAUAGGGCGUAAGUGGACGAUGGCGGUGUCGGCGGGCCUGAUGGGCGCCUCCAUCUUCAUCUUCGCCUCGGUCAACUCCGAGGCAUCGAACAUCGGUCUCAACGCCAUGGAGUACUUCUUCCAGAGCAUGUUCAACGCCGUCCUGUACGGCUGGACUCCGGAGGCCUUCCCAGCGCCCGUCAGGGGCACGGCUUGCGGCAUCGCGAGCUUCUGGGGCCGCUUGUUCAGCAUCAUCAGCCCGCUGAUCGCGCAGAGCCUGUACGCGAAGGGCGAGAGCGGUGAUGGCGAUAUCAACGCCGUGUUGUACUUGGCUGGCGGCGUGACACUGGGAUGCGUGCUUUCGGUUGCGCUGCUGCCGAAUAGGAAGCUGGGGACGCAGAGUAUGUGA